GGAAGUAACUUUAAUACAAUGAUAAUGAUCUUCUAUGGAUAUUUAUUUGGAAAAAUGGGUUUCUGAGGGGAUGAGUUACAACAGGACUCCCUGUCAAACGACUAGUUUAUUUUCCCGGACUGUGGCUUUUUCCUAAUUUUGUCUUAUCAUAUGCCAUGUAAUUUUAACUUCCGGGACAACUAUGCUUCAAAAAUACGACUGCUUUUCUAAACACCUGGUUUGCACAUGCAUAGUUUUUUUUUCUCUUUAAAAAAAUUGGAUCUUUUGCAACUACGGUAAAAACAACUACAAUAAUGGAGAAAGCGGAGUGGUAUAUUUUCUCUUCUCUCUCCAGCACAUACGUUCUGAUCUCCUGCAUUUUAUUCUCAAAAUUCACACAAGAGCAAAAGGAGCCCUACAUGGACGAGAUAUUUCAUGUACCACAAGCUCAGAAGUACUGCGAAGGUAGAUUUAAUGAGUGGGAUCCUAUGAUCACAACUUUACCUGGCUUGUACUUGGUUUCUGUUGGAAUAGUUAAACCUUCAGUCUGGUUGGCUGGAUGGUCGGGAAGGAUGGUCUGCUCCACUGGAAUGCUGAGGUUCAUUAAUGUCCUCUUCAGUAGUGGAAACCUGUACAUAAUUUAUCUCAUCCUGUGCAAAUUGCACCAAACAGACAAGACCGCCUCUACAUCUCGGAGACUUCUCUCUGCUUUGGCACUCUCCUCAUUUCCAGUUCUGUACUUCUUCACAUUCCUCUACUACACAGAUGCAGGGUCCACCUUCUUCACCCUCUUUGCAUAUUUGAUGUGCCUUUAUGGAAGCCACAAAAUCUCUGGACUACUGGGGUUCUGUGCUGUCAUGUUUCGCCAGACAAACAUCAUUUGGGUUGUAUUCUGUGCUGGAGUUCUUAUAGCCCAGAAGUUGACUGAAGCAUGGAAGACAGAACUGACAAAGAAGAGAGAAGAUAAAGUCUCCAUCUCAACUGGGGCGUCUAUCACAGAGAUCAAAAAAGUUACACAAUUCAUGGUGGAUUACAUACUGUCAGCAACAAAUGUGAAGUGUUUGAUCUGUUUGACGUGGCCUUAUGUCAUGUUGCUGGUGGGCUUUCUUGUUUUUAUUGUAUUUAAUGGUGGGAUAGUUGUAGGGGAUAGGAGCAGCCACGAGGUUUGUCUGAAUUUCCCACAGUUGUUUUACUUUUUCUCAUUUACAUUAGCAUUUUCAAUUUCCCAUUCAUUGUCUUACCAGAAAAUUGUAAACUUUAUUCAAUCCCUGAAGAAGCAUCCUAUUUUUUUCUUCUCCCUCACUGCCCUGUCAUUAUUCUUGGUUUGGAAGUUUACUUACGUUCAUAAAUAUUUAUUGGCUGACAACAGACACUACCCUUUCUAUGUGUGGAAGAAGAUUUUCCAGAAGCACAAACUUGUUCCUUUCAUACUGGUUCCAGGCUAUAUGUUUGCAGCUUGGAGUUUUGCUGACUCACUCAAGUCCAAAUCUUUGUUCUGGAACCUAAUGUUUUGUGUGUGUUUAGUUGCUGCAACAGUCCCCCAAAAGCUGUUGGAAUUUCGAUAUUAUAUCCUGCCAUAUUUAAUCUACAGACUCAAUAUUCAAGUGCCAUCAGUGUUCAGGCUUGUUUUAGAGCUAGGUUUAUACACAACUGUGAAUGCACUGACCUUUUACCUUUUUCUAAAUAGAACUUUUCUUUGGCCUGAUAGCGAGGAAGUGCAGAGAUUUAUGUGGUGACAUUCCAAAAGCCCAGUGUGGGAGUCAAAAGAGAAAAGUAUACUUUUUAUAUUGGCUGCAAAAUAUGUAAAGACAUUACAGUGAAAUGGGUGGGGUGGGGUGGACGGGACUGAUUUAAAAAGCACAACUCACAAAAUGUAGCAAAGAGUAUUUCUAUAAAGUAAGAAAAUAAAGCCAUAAUUCCAUAAAACUAGGGUGUAAUAGGGAGAUUGUAAAAUGAAAAUAAAAUACUGGAUUUUGAAGGUUUGAAGUACCAAAGGGGAAUGUCUACAACUAUUGGUUUGUGGGCUUUUUAAAGAAAAUGAGGUACAUGUACAUUUUCAAUUAAUACUGUAUUCCUCUAGUUUUGGUUGUUUCUUACCAUGGUUAUUGUUUUGACUGUAAGUGUUUCUCAAUGCCCUUAAAAGACUUUCCGUUUUUACGACUUUACAGUUUUUCAGUACUACUACAUAUACCGCCAUUGAGUGUUCUAUAGCUGUUGAUGAAUCUUUUUUUAUCAGUGUGCUUUUUGCUUGUUAGCUCUCCCACAGUAUAGGGGUGUGUGUGAAUAAAAUCAAUUCCAAUGUUGAGUUUAUUUAUAUGGCACUUGACACCUCUCCCCCAGCAUCUCCUUAUAUGCAAAUUGGCUGUCUACAAUGACACUGAUCAUGUUAAGCUUUGGAGACCCAAUUAUCAAUAGUAUCACAAUAAUCAAUGAUUGUUCCAACACAACUCCAGAAACCUCUUUCUUUGUGGAGCUGGAAGAGUUACUACUUAACUAGUUUUGCACCCUUUAAACUGUUGGUUAUUGAAUAUUGAGCAAGUAGUGACGUCUGAUCAUGUUAAAAUCCUUUACAUACCCUUCACUGAAAUGUACUAUUGGACAGAUUUUUUAAAACCCACCCCUCCCAGGGAACCUAUACUUACAUUGCCUCUUGACAUCCCAUUCCAUAGGCCCCUGGGAUCACAAGACAUUAAGACCGUUUUAAUUUAAUUGAAACCCAUAUUGCUCUGUGGAAAUUUAUCAUGUAUGUAAUAUGACGAUAUUGGUACAUUUGUAAUGUUUAUUGUUUUAAUAAAUGAUAUGGUUGGACAUAAAUCAGCUAAAGUCAUCUCUUUUUGUAUAUUGCAUAUCUUCCUGUUUUUAGUUUAGGCACUACAUUCCUCAACAAU